AUGAAACAGAAUCAUGGUUCCUGGAAGAAGGAGAUGGACGUGGAGGAAGUGACAAGCCGCGUGAUCCAGCAUGCGAUGGCCCUUACGACCGCCGGGAUUUGCAAAGGUGAUAGAUCAGUGCAACUGCACACCCAGGACCCCGACUAUUCGAAAGCUACGAGAAAGCUUCUUACUCGAAAGGGAUUCAAGGUAGUCGGGAUCCACGGCGCCGAGGAGUUCGUUGAGAUUGACGAGGAGACGAUCGUCAUCUCACCAUUUACUGCUGCACCAAUCAAGCAGAUAAUCGCAGAUCUGGGCUGUCCCGUCCUGAUUCUGUGCACCGGACCCGGUACCUUCAACUCUAAGGCGAAGCCGGUGGCAGACCCCGAGUCGCCGAGGACUAAACAGAUGUGGCUCGAUUACAACGUCCACAGCAUCUCCACACAUGCUCGUGACUCGGACAUCCGCUAUACAUUGAAGGGCUUGCAAGUGUAUUCCCGACACAGGUAG